CUCCGUCGCUCACGGCUUUUCUUGCCACCGUCGAUGAACUCCCAACGAGCAGCGUCGUCGUCGCCGGACCUCAGACAGUGAUUGAAGCAGUUUUCUAAGAAUCCCGGUGCUUUCACAAGAGAUGGAGUACGUUAGCCCUGAAGGACUCCGCAUUGAUGGUCGACGGCCCAUGGAAAUGAGGAAACUUCAAGCAGAGAUUGGGGUUGUCGCCAAGGCUGACGGUUCUGCUGUUUUUGAGAUGGGCAACACCAAAGUCAUUGCUGCUGUUUAUGGUCCGAGAGAGGUGCAAAACAGGAGCCAACAACUGAGUGAUCAGGCUCUGGUACGCUGUGAGUACAGCAUGGCUAAUUUUAGUACUGGAGAUCGAAUGAGAAAACCUAAGGGUGACAGACGGUCAACAGAGAUAUCUCUUGUUAUUCGACAGACAAUGGAAGCAUGCAUAUUGACUCAGCUUAUGCCUCGAUCUCAGAUAGAUAUAUACGUCCAAGUUCUUCAAGCAGAUGGAGGAACUCGGUCUGCAUGCAUCAAUGCUGCCACUUUGGCCCUUGCUGAUGCUGGUAUACCAAUGCGUGAUUUUGUUACAUCAUGCAGUGCUGGGUAUCUUAAUAGUACACCACUUCUCGAUUUGAAUUAUGUAGAAGAUAGUGCAGGAGGCCCUGAUGUUACAGUUGGAAUUCUACCAAAACUGGACAAAGUGACCCUUCUGCAGAUGGACGCUAAAUUACCUCUCGAUAUCUUUGAAAAUGUCAUGCAACUUGCGGUGGAAGGCUGCAAAGCAAUUGCAGAUUACAUUCGAGAAGUUUUGAGCGAGAAUACCAAACAACUAGAGUACCGGCGGGGGUUGUAGUGUUUUAAGGUGAUGCUUGUUGCGCUUCUGGACAAAGGUUCGUAUGUGAAAUUUGGAUUUGACUCCUCAGAAAAGGCGGGAUGCGAAAAAGGAAAAGAAACUUGCUUACUCUGUUGCAUU